AUGGCUCAUCUAACUGCAUCUGUAUAUAAUGAAGGGGAGAAAAUAUGGUCGGGACCCAAAACUAAGGAAAUCUAUAGCCCUGAAAUGACCGUGGGCGAGGUCAUUGUAAUGCAAUUACGUAGAACUCCCAACAAAAUAAUACAAAUUUUGGAGUCUACCGGAGAAUCUCUCACAGCCCAGGAAUAUCUUAACUACAGUAUGGCAUUGGCAAGGAAUCUACUCGAUUUGAGUAUAAAACCAGGUGAUAUUGUGGGUGUGUAUGCCAAACAUUCGCUGCAUUUGGUCACCGUUAUGUUGGCAUCAUUUCUGUGUGGCACACCGGUACAUGGAGUUUUCCAUGGCUUUGAAAAGGAUACCAUUACAAAACUCUAUGAAACCACCCGACCCAAUAUAAUCUUCUGUGAUGAGGAAAAUUAUGAAAAGGCCCUUUAUACCAAGGACACGUUGCAAUUGGAUGCUAAAAUUGUUAUAAUGACUGGCAGUGUAAAGGAUGUCUUACACAUCCAAAAUUUGGUAAAUACACUGAGGGAGGUUGCGAUAUUGUCUUCGUCGGGUACCACGGGUACGCCAAAGGGUGUACUGUGCUCUCAUCAGUCUAUGCUUCAUAAUGUUGUUUACUUCACCGCCACCAUGGAUUCAGUGUUUAUUUGUUUCAGUACCAUGUACUGGGCAUCGGGUGUUAUGAACUUACUACAAAGUUUACUCUAUUCCGCAUUGCGUAUUGUUUCCGAUCGUCCCUAUAAUACAGAGUAUUUCCUCGAUGUGGUUAAACGUUACAAGGUGACACAUGUCUUUUCAACGGGUACACAAAUAGCCGAUUUGGUGCUGAAUGGAGACAAAAAUGUGGCUCGUGCUGCCCUCGAAUCCAUUGAUACAAUGAUGUGUGGUGGUACCAAAAUUCCCCAGGCGAUACAAGAUCAAAUGAUUGAAAUUUUUGGCGAUAAUACAAAACGUCCUGGCUUUGUCAUUGGUUAUGGACUAUCGGAAAUAAUGGGUGGUAAUCCAGAGGCCACGGCACAAGCGAAGCAGGGAAAACGGAUAAAGACAGGAGAUUUGGGUUUCUUUGACAACGAGGGUUUCCUACAUUUAAAAGGCCGUGCCAAAGAAAUGUUCAAAUGGAGAGGAUUUCAAAUAUGCCCCCAACCUAUAGAAGAGGUAAUAAAACGUAUACCCGGAGUGAACGAAGUUUGUGUAUUUCCCAUACCCGAUUUGGUGGCUGGUAAUUUGACGGCAUGUGCCAUUGUAAGGAGUCAAGAUGUAAAUGGCCAGCAGUUGACGGCGCAAAUGAUAAAUGAAUAUCUGGAGCAGGAAAUGUAUAGGGAGAAAAUAUGGUCGGGACCCAAAACUAAGGAAAUCUAUAGCCCUGAAAUGACCGUGGGCGAGGUCAUUGUAAUGCAAUUACGUAGAACUCCCAACAAAAUAAUACAAAUUUUGGAGUCUACCGGAGAAUCGCUCACGGCCCAUGAAUAUCUUAACUACAGUAUGGCAUUGGCAAGGAAUCUACUCGAUUUGGGUAUAAAACCAGGUGAUAUUGUGGGUCUGUAUGCCAAACAUUCUCUGCAUUUGGCCACCGUUAUGUUGGCAUCAUUUCUGUGUGGCACACCGGUACAUGGAGUUUUCCAUGGCUUUGAAAAGGAUACCAUUACAAAACUCUAUGAAACCACCCGACCCAAGAUAAUCUUCUGUGAUGAGGAAAAUUAUAAAAAGGUCCUUUAUACCAAGGACACGUUGGAAUUGGAUGCUAAAAUUGUUAUAAUGACUGGCAGUGUAAAGGAUGUCUUACACAUCCAAAAUUUGGUAAAUACACUGAGGGAGGUUGGUGAUCUUUCAAGUUUCCCAUGCACCAAAUUGUCCAGUGCUGACACAGCAGCGAUAUUGUGUUCGUCGGGUACGACGGGUACGCCAAAGGGUGUACUAUGCUCUCAUCAGUCUAUGCUUCAUAAUCUUCUAUACCUCACCGCCACCAUGGACUCAGUGCUUUUGUGUUUCAGUACAAUGUACUGGGCAUCGGGUGUUAUGAAUUUACUACAAGGUUUACUCUAUUCCGCAUUGCGUAUUGUUCCCGAUCGUCCCUAUACUCCAGAGUAUUUCCUCGAUGUGGUUAAACGUUACAAGGUGACACAUGUCUUUUCCACGGGUGCACAAAUAGCCGAUUUGGUUCUGAAUGGAGACAAAAAUGUGGCUCGUGCUGCGCUCGAAUCCAUUGAUACACUGAUGUGUGGUGGUGCCAAAAUUCCCCAGGCGAUACAAGAACAAAUCAUUGAAAUUUUUGGCGAUAAUACAAAACGUCCUGGCUUUGUCAUUGGUUAUGGACUAUCGGAAAUAAUGGGUGGUGUUAGCAUUAAUGGUGGUUAUCCAUUCCAGUUUAAGGCCCAAACUGAAGGUAAACUAUGGCCCAACCGAGAAGUGUGUAUUGUCGGCGAGAAGGGGCAACGUAUGGGUCCAAAUGAAACCGGAGAGGUUUAUGUCUACAGUCCAUAUAUAUGGUUGGGUUAUUACAACAAUCCAGAGGCCACGGCACAAGCGAAGCAGGGAAAAUGGAUAAAGACGGGCGAUUUGGGUUUCUUUGACAACGAAGGGUUCCUACAUCUGAUUGGUCGCGCCAAGGAAAUGUUCAAAUGGAAAAAUUUCCAAAUUUGUCCACAACCCAUUGAAGAAGUACUACAGCGAAUACCCGGUGUGGCCGAAGUUUGUGUAUUUCCCAUUCCCGAUUUAGUGGCUGAGAACUUGGCUGCCUGUGCCAUUGUCAAGAGCAAAGAUGCUGUUGGUAAGCAACUGACGGCCCGAAUGGUUAACGAAUGCAUCGAACAACAAAUGGACAGUUAUUAUCAUUUACGGGGUGGCGUCUACUUUGUGGACUCUCUGCCCCGCACCGAUACGGGGAAAGUUCAGCGUUUGAAAAUGGCACAACUUAUUGGUGAAAUUGAUCGAUAA